AAUGACAUGGGCUCAAUGGUUAAUGAAUACGCCAACAGCAUAGCUAACGAAGGUGGGCAGUCACUACCACUGAGUGAGAACGAGCAUACACCAACAGAAUAUUUGUUGGCCAGUAGUUUUCGACGUCUUCAAGAGAUAAUGGCCAAUAAUAUUCGGCUUGUUGUCUCAAAUGCUACGGACACGGGGGAAACUCAACCCGCAAACCAGUCAGUCGAAAAGAGAGGCGUGCAGGAUGAAACGAGCGGUAUGGGAGAACGGAAACUAGUCUUAACACAACAGAUUAAUGAGACAAACAGUCAAGUAGAAUCUACCCCAUCAAAUGAAACGACGAUAGACGCCGAGCGACAACCUAUGGCAACACCUCUACAAGAAAGUCCACGCCCUGUUUACAGUAAUUAUCAAUGUCGGUGCUCGGUUUGGUUUCCCUGCUGUGGAAAGCUCUUCCGAUGCCACCGCUGUCACAACAAGUCAGAUUGUAGUGAGGAUCAGGCGAGAGCAAUUAAUGCCGCUCACAUCUGCUAUCACAAGCAAGAGAUCGAUGAAAAUGGCCAGAGAUGUGGCGGCUGCAAUGCAAUCAUGUCUGAAUAUAUCUGCCCAACGCGUUGCUAUUAUACCUCCGUGGAUAAAAAUCGCUUCCACUGCGAAAAAUGUGGUAUCCUUAGAGUACUGACACUGAUACUUUGCUACGAAUUAGUACUUCAUCUGAUAGGUUGGGAAGCAACGAUUCUGCCAUCUCACGGAAAUGUGGACAAGGUUUUGUCGUUUUCAUCAGUUUAG